AUGGUUCAACUCACCAUCGUCAAUGAGAUCACAGGUGAUAUUUAUUCGUUUGAAGUGGACCCUAAAUCGGACACGGUUGAGAAUUUAAAGGCUUUGAUGGAGAUUGAAACAAAAAUACCCAUUUUACAACAAGAAAUGUUUUAUCAGAAUUUUCCAAUGCGAGAUGAAGAUGUUUUGGAAAAGUAUGGAAUCUCGGAAUCAGAACUUGUUGUGUUUAAGAGAAGAUCUGUACAAUCAACACCACCCACUGCCAGAACUAAUCCUACGCAAAAUCCAUUUCAAUUGCUAUCCAAUGCUUUGAAUGCAAACAGACCUCAACAAGCACCACCAUCCUCUUCUAAUACAACCUCCAAUACGAGAAGCACUUCUUCGGUUCCACCUCCUUCCACUUCAAAUUUACAAACUAAUUAUUCCUCUGGAGGAGGAGGAGGAGGCGGCGUAGUCACUGAAGAUUUAUUGAAUGAAAUUUUGGGAGGAAUUUCAAGAUCAAAUCCACGCCUCACUCGACAACAAGAAUUGGAGAAGAGACUUCGUCAGAAUCCUUUCGACGUGGAAGCUCAAAAAUUAUUGGAAGAAGAAAUUAAGAUGAGAAAUAUUGAGGAAAAUUUCCACAACGCCAUGGAACACACUCCUGAAACAUUCUUCCAAGUCAACAUGCUCUAUGUCGACUGUAAAGUAAAUGGUCAUGCUUUGAAAGCAUUUGUAGAUAGUGGAGCUCAAAUGACCAUCAUGAGCAAGUCGUGUGCAGAGAGGUGUGGAUUAAUGAGACUUUUGGAUACUCGAUAUAGAGGAGUUGCUAAGGGAGUGGGUAGUUGUGAAAUUUUGGGAAGAAUUCACUUGACGCUGAUGCAACUUGGAGGAUCGACUUUCCCGGUCACCAUUACAGUUUUGAAUCAAGGAGGAAUGCAAUUUUUGCUAGGUCUUGACAUGUUAAAGCGUCACCAAAUGAUGAUUGAUUUGAAGGAUAACGUCUUGCGUGUUGGAGAUGAGAAAAUCAGUUUUCUUCCACCUCACGAGUGUCCAAAUGAAAUUGCAGAUAUUGAAUCUCCAAAACCAACAUCGCAUGACAUUAACAAACCUCAUCCAUUCGACAUGAGACAAAGUAGUACCGAGAAAGAGACUGUCAUUAAACAGUUAAUGGAGAUGAUUGGAGUGGACCGAGAAACAGCUGUAAAAGCACUAGAACUCGCCAAAGGUAAUGCUGAACUGGCGGCCUCUCUGCUUUUUGAACAAAAAGAACAUCACAAUUAA